UUGUCUAUUUCAUAUUUACCUUCCAUUGGUGCGCGGCGACCUGUUGACUUCUCGUCUUUUCCCGCACGAGCCUGACGACGUCACUCCACAAGCAAGAUGUCGCCUCCUACAGCUGUCAGUGUCGUCUGCGCCCUCGGCCUGUGGGCUGUGACUGCAGUGUUUGCUGCGCCGUCAGACUCGCUAGUCGUAGACAUCGUGACUAAUGGCAGCUACUCCAUCAAAAUCAACAACAACACCUGGUUACGCAACGCCCCGACUUUCUUCCGGGUGGAUGGCCAGGUGUUUACGGCAGGUAAAAACCUGAAACUAAACAUGACGACAGGCAGCAGCGGCAUAGAUACCCUGGGUACUUACCAGACAACCACCUUCGUCUAUCAGGCGGGUGGCAACGAGAUCCACGCCUCCAUCAGGACUUACGAGCUGCUUCCCGUCAUCGUCUUCUCGCAGGUCUACCCUAACGGAGCCAAUCGUACGAAGGCAUCCGGCGUCAAUGAUGUCAUUUCCGGUUUCCCAUCGUUCUCGGUCAACACCGAGGACUCGGCGAACUCGUCGCUUGGUUACCUGGCCUACGGUGGGAUGAUGUGUGGCGACACGGAGAAAUCUUUUGGCAGGUUCACCACCAAAACCUUCAUCAUAGCGGACGGCGUGGUGGGGGGACCCAUCGCUCUCUUUGACGGCAGUGGCGCCACCCUCGUCAUCUCGCCCUCCAGCAACUUCAUGGCCGCCUCCAACAGUCACAGCAGAGCCACCAACAGCUUGUCCUACGGCAUCAUGGGGGAAGUGGACACUGUUCCCCCCGGGUACUCCCUAGACACCAUCCUUUACUUCGGUGACGCUGGGGUCAACAGGGCCUUCCAGGGGUGGGGCGAGCUGCUGCGCUUCCUGUACCGCCGGACAGACGAGUUCGUGAGCAAUGACCUCACCAUCAACUACCUGGGCUACUGGACUGACAACGGCGCCUACUACUACUACAACACGGAGCCCAACAAGACUUACCAGGACACCAUGCUUGAUGUGCGAGCCUACAGCCUGCAGAGUAACGUCCCCUACCGGUACCUGCAGUACGACUCGUGGUGGUACUACAAGAGCAUUCAAGAUGGCGUCAAGACCUGGGAGUCACGACCUGACGUUUUCCCCGACGGCUUUGAGUAUGUUCACCAGAAAACUGCACUUCCGGUGUCCGCUCACAACCGUUACUGGGCCAGCGACACCACCUACGCCAGGCACAACGGCGGCAACUACAACUUUGUGGUGGAGACCUUCAAGGCGGUUCCCGACGACCAGACUUUCUGGAACGACUUGUUCGCCAACGCCACCAGGUGGGGCCUGUACACGUACGAACAGGACUGGCUGAACGUGGAGUUCGCAGGUGUGGAGGCCUUACUGACGGACAUCGACCUGGGGUCCAGGUGGCUGAAUCAGAUGGGGACCGCGGCGCUGGACUACAGGCUGACCAUCCAGUACUGCAUGGCCAACAGUCGCCACGUCAUGCAGAGUCUGCACAACCCUGCCGUCACACAGGUGAGGGUGAGUAACGAUUAUCACCCGGGCUCUGACCAAUGGAAAAUCGGAGUGUCCUCAAUAUUUGCUCACGCCAUGGGGCUCGCGCCGUUUAAGGACACGUUCUGGACGACGACUGUACAGCCUGGGAAUCCAUAUGGUGGCACGGAGCCUCACAACCUGCUGCAGCUGGCGGUGGCGGUGUUCAGCACGGGGCCCGUGGGGCCCAGCGACAUGGUUGGUGGCACCGACGUCCCCCUGCUUCAGCGAUGCUGCAAUGCCGAGGGUUUGAUCCUCAAGCCGUCCAAGCCAGCCACAGCCAUUGAUGACCAGAUUUACACAAGCGCCUUUGGCAGCAGCAGUGGGGUUAACGGUGACGUGUGGACGACCUUCACCGCCAUUUCCAACAUCUUCUUUGGCAUUAUCUUCGCACCGGACAUCACCGGCUCCUACAGCCUCACACCUGAGGCGGCUGGCUUUGGGCAGAUCCUGACGAGCAAGGUUUUCUCCGCCAACAACGUGUCGGACAUGGCUGACUUCCGGUCUGACAAGCCGCUCGUCAUUUCCGGCUGCAACAGGUCUGAGCCGUGCAUCUACUACGUGGCUCCCGUCCUCAAGCUCAGUCCGCCCACACUGCUGCUGGGAGAACUGACCAAACUGGUUCCGGUCUCACCUCAGCGGGUGACGUCAAUAACUGUGGGGGCUGACGUCACUGUCCACGUCCGUGGCGCUGCUAGAGAGCGGGUGACCUUCACCUUCUUACAGGCGUCGGAAGUUGUGUCCGUGGACUGCGUCAUCGGCGCCACCGGCAGCGCCAUCAUCAGCCUCAACUCCAGGUCGUGCUGAGAGCCGCUCGCCGGUCUUGGAGGAUUAAACUUGAUGCUGCGUGUG